AUGCGGAAACGCUUCAACGUUCACUGGAGUCAACACAUGACAGAUACAGAACUGUACGAACCAGAAGCACCAACUGUAAUUGUCGACUCGACAUCGACAGAUUACAUCGAGUUCGCAUGGGAGCUUCCAUGUGGAAGAACGGGUGGCAACAUAACAGAGUACCGAUACAAGUAUAAAAAAGCAACAGACAAUAAGUUCAUGCAGACUACCACAACAACGGAUACACGUAUAAGGAUAACUUCCUUAACGCCAUGCACUUCAUAUGUAUUUCAAGUGACAGCUUUGAACAGCAUUGUAAAGGGAACGUGGUCCAAUGAGACUAGGCAAAAUACAACACAAAAGGGUUUCGGGAUUGCGCCUACAUUCAAUAGCAGUAGAGUGACAUCUAAUACCAUCAGCAUCACCUGGAACCCCAUCCCAUGUGGUAGUAGAGGAGUUCGUGUCACUGGUUACGGCGUGAGUUUGUCUCGACAAGACGGGCAGAGCAAGCGAGACAACCUAAAGCAAGUGCCAAACACUUCUGUAUCUGCACAGUUUGACCAGUUAUCCCCCUGUACAACAUACAUUAUCACCGUAACUACUGCACAACUUAGGGGUGAAGGGACAUCGUUUAGCCGUGAAAUAGAAACUGACUCAAUCGUUCCAGGUGUUGUUACUGGCUUGACCAUCAGUCGCAUACAACAUGACAGACUGAGAGUAUCUUGGACAGCCCCACAUGGUACCAACCCAGACACUCCAUGCCUCGCCACCGACUACCUGGUGACCUAUGAACUCAUCAAUCUGGAGCAAUGUCAGGAGGUUAAUGAUGCCGGUGUUUCAUCACUGAACACUACCGAUACUUCAGUCAUUAUAGAAGGAUUGGAAGCAUACUCUACAUAUAGGGUCAUUGUUACAUCGAGAAAUGAAGCUGGGAACGGAACAGCGACAACCAGAUCAAAGAUUACCGGCGAAAAAAGUAAGUGUGUCAGAGUGGAUGCAUAA